AUGUUAUCGAACGUAGUCCUGAUCGUGCUGAGCACGAUCUUGGGGUCGACCACUUCCGUAUCGGCUCUUGGGUCAUCAUGUUCUGCUCCGCUGGGAGCAGGAACAGCAGCGGCCACAGACCCGUUCUGGCUGGAAAACAUGACUCACCAGGGAACAUCUGCUUUCAACCCUACCCCUAGCACCUACGAAGUCUUCCGCAAUGUCAAGACCUUCGGUGCCAAGGGUGAUGGUGUUACAGAUGAUACUGCUGCCAUCAAUGCUGCGAUGACCUCUGGCAACCGCUGUGGAAGUACUUCAUGCGGAUCAUCCACUCUCACUCCUGCAAUCGUUUAUUUCCCUUCUGGAACAUACGUUGUUUCUUCGGCAAUUGAUAUGUACUACUAUACCCAAAUGAUUGGUGACGCCAAGAACCCCCCCACGCUCCUUGCAAGCGCAGCCUUCUCCGGUUUCGCUGUCAUUGACUCCGAUCCUUACAUCCCUGGUGGUAGCGGUGCCCAAUGGUUCGUUAACCAGGACAACUUCUACCGGUCUAUUCGUAACCUCGUCAUCGAUCUCCGACAAAUGCCCGCUUCUGCCCCAGCCGUCGGUUUGCAUUGGCAGGUCUCGCAAGCGACCUCCUUGAUGAACAUCGUGGUUGAGAUGUCUACCGCUCCAGGCAACACCCACGAAGGCAUGUUUAUGGAGAACGGAUCUGGUGGUUUCAUGGGAGACCUUGUCUUCAACGGAGGUAACUACGGUAUCAAUGUCGGUAACCAACAAUUCACUGUUCGCAACUUGACCAUAAACAAUGCACAAACUGCUGUAUUUGGUAUCUGGAACUGGGGAUGGACAUGGCAGGGAGUUACGAUCAACGACUGUCAGAUUGGUUUCGACUUGACUACUGGCGGAGUGACUGAAGACACCCAGACCGUGGGCUCUCAAGCUAUCGUUGACGCGGUAAUCAACAACACCCCCAUCUUCUUGCGCUCUUCAAAUUCAAGCGACGGAAAACUCGCUGGUUCGCUCGUUUUGAACAAUAUUCAGCUCAACAACGUGACCACUGCGGUUGGUGUCGUUGGUGGAGCUGAUGUCUUAGCCGGUGGAACCACUACCAUCGCCUCCUGGGGACAGGGUGAUGUCUAUACUGGAACCAGCGGAACUUCCACUUUCACUCAGGGAACCAUCGCUUCUUCCACCAAGCCUUCUGCUUUGCUUGAUAGCACAGGAAAGGUGUUCGGAAAGACACAUCCUCAAUAUGCCGAGUACGCUACCUCUCAAUUCGUCAGUGUGAAAUCUUCAGGAGCCAAGGGUGAUGGAAAGACCGAUGACACAGCUGCUAUCCAAGCCGUCUUCGACCAGUACGCUGGCUGCAAGAUCAUCUUCUUCGAUGCUGGUGCUUACUAUGUCACCGACACUAUUUCGAUCCCUGCUGGUUCUCAGGUCGUCGGUGAAGCCUGGUCUGUGAUCCUCGCAGGCGGAACUGGAUUCGCAGACCAGACCACCCCCAAGGUUGUCGUUCAGGCUGGAGCUUCGGGCUCGAGUGGUGUCCUUGAAAUUACCGACAUGCUUCUGUCCACUGCUGGACCAUCCCCUGGUGCCAUCAUGCUCGAGUGGAACGUAGCUGACCCAUCAGGUCAACAAGGUGCCGCCGGUCUAUGGGACACUCAUCUCAGACUUGGAGGAGCUGUUGGCACCAACAUGCAAUCCGGACAGUGCCUCAACGGAACCGUGAAUGCUGCCUGCCAGGCUGCCUUCAUGGGUAUUCACCUCACCAACUCGUCUACUGCUUACUUCGAGGGUACCUGGGUGUGGACCGCUGACCACGAUCUCGACGCAACUGGUUCUCCUCAGACCUCUGUAUUCACUGGCCGUGGUAUUUUGUCGGAGUCUGCUGGUCCUGUCUGGUUCAUUGGAACAGCAUCCGAGCACUCUUCUCUCUACCAAUACAAUCUCGCCGGUGCUAAGAACCACUGGAUCGGGUUUGCUCAGACAGAAUCGCCAUACUACCAACCCUCCCCCGCCGCCCCUGCUCCAUUCUCGACCGACAGCGCGUACAGUGACCCGUCUUUCUCCAGCUCGCAAACUUCGGCUUGGGGCAUGUAUGUUCAGUCGUCUUCAGAUAUCACCCUGUUCGGUGCAGGAUUCUACAGCUUCUACGAAAACUACGUGCAGGAUUGUCUCAACACCACCAACUGCCAGGACCAGAUCUUUAACAUGGAUUCUGCCUCUGCUUCUAGCAUGAACGUCUAUGCUCUCUCGACCGUCGGCGUGGUGACUGAAUUGAGCGUCGCAGACGCCGGUGUUAUCAAGGCUGCUCAGAACCCUGAUGGCCUCCAAGACACUGCCACCAGCUGGAGCUCGUCAUGAGUACUUUUAUGAACAUUAAAAAAAAUUAUUUAUUACAAACUCACAACUUGCAUCUGAGUCGUGUUUUGGUAUAUACAAUUUAUGUACUAUACAAAAUGUGAACUGUAACCGUUGUAGACUUGAUAUACCAAUGCAAUGUUUUCGCAUACCCUCAUUUUCGAAUAAUUGAACAU